GAUUUGGAACGUACGGAAGAUCGUUUGAAGAUCGCCACUUCGAAAUUAGAGGAGGCGUCAAAAGCAGCCGAUGAGGCUGAACGGUAUGCGUUUUAUGUAGCUGCCCUGAAUCGUCGUAUGACUCUUCUAGAAGAGGAACUUGAACGUGCUGAAGAACGUUUGAAGAUUGCCACCGAAAAACUCGAAGAGGCCACUCACAAUGUCGACGAAUCCGAGCGUGCUCGCAAGUCAAUGGAGACACGUUCGCAACAAGAUGAGGAACGGGCCAACUUCCUUGAGACUCAGGUCGAUGAGGCCAAAGUGAUUGCUGAAGACGCCGACCGCAAAUACGAAGAGGUCCGCAAAAUCCCCGCAACCGUAACCAAUUUGCGGUUGAGGAUCCCCAAGCCAGACCCUGUCCUUAGAGGAGCACGAAAAUCGUUGGAAAAUCGAGUGGAUGUGGACGAGGAUCGUUGUGCCGAGCUUGAAACAAAACUACGUGAAGCUCAAGCGUUACUGCAUGAAACUGAAAGCAAGAGUGAAGAGGUACCAAAUAAUCUACCCCAUACUAAACCCACCGAACCAGGGUAUAACCCAGGUUUUGUUGAAGACGCCGUCCACCCAAAUAAAGGGCAAUGAGA